CCGCGUCUGAGCGAGGAGGCAGUAGCGCUUUUUUCCCUCGCCGGCGCGCUCGGGAGAGGCGGGAAAAUGGCGGCGGUUUCUGGCGUCGCGCAGAGCCGCUUUGUGGUGGUGGGCGGAGGCAUCGCCGGGGUUACCUGCGCCGAGAAGCUGGCCAUGGACUUCCCAUCAGAAGACAUUAUUUUAGUGACAGCUUCUCCAGUUAUAAAAGCUGUAACAAAUUUCAAACAGGUCUCAAAAACACUUGAGGAAUUUGAUGUAGAGGAGCAACCAAGUUCUCUAUUAGAACAGCGAUAUCCCAAUAUUAAAGUUAUCCACUCUGCUGUAAAACAAUUGAAAAGCGACGAGCAUAAAAUUUUCACUGAAGAUGGGGGAGAAUAUACGUAUGAAAAGCUUUGCCUGUGUGCCGGAGCAAAGCCUAAAUUAAUAUUUGAAGGAAACCCAUAUGUAUUAGGAAUACGGGAUACUGACAGCGCGCAGGCUUUUCAGAAGAAUUUGGCUCGAGCUGAGAGAAUAGUAGUGGUUGGUAAUGGUGGGAUUGCGCUGGAAUUAGUGUACGAAAUUGAAGGCUGUGAAGUAAUCUGGGCUAUCAAAGACAAAGCCAUUGGGAACACUUUCUUUGAUGCAGGAGCAGCUGAAUUUCUUAUUCCAAAACUGACUGCUGGAAAACAAGAGACUCCGAUUGAAUGUAAAAGAACCAAGUAUACAAUGGAAGGAAGUGAGAAAAAAGAAAGGCCCGCAGCAGCAUCUGACAAGCUGGGCAGUGCCUUGGGCCCUGACUGGCAUGAAGGCUUACAGCUGAAAGGAACCAAAGAGUUUUCUCAUAAAAUACAUAUUGAAAUACUGUGUGAAGUAAAGAAAAUACACUCACAGCAAGAAUUUAUACAACUGCAACAGACUUCUUUGGCUUUUCCUAAAGAGGGGAAGAAUGCAGAACCAGACGAAGUUCUGUGGCCUGUAUAUGUGGAAUUAACUAAUGGAAAAAUUUAUGGAUGCAAUUUCAUUGUCAGUGCAACUGGAGUUGUGCCGAAUGUGAAACCAUUUCUUGAUGGCAAUAAUUUUGCUAUAGGUGAAGAUGGAGGCCUUAAAGUAGACAAACACAUGCACACAUCCCUGCCGGGUAUCUAUGCAGCUGGGGAUAUCUGCACGGCGGCGUGGGAACCCAGCUCUGUGUGGCAUCAGAUGAGACUGUGGACUCAAGCUAGGCAGAUGGGAUGGUAUGCAGCAAAAUGCAUGGCAGCAGACACUACAGGGGAAUCUAUUGAUCUCGAUUUCAGCUUUGAAUUGUUUGCUCAUGUAACAAAAUUCUUCAAUUACAAGGUGGUGGUUUUGGGAAAAUUCAAUGCUCAAGGCUUGGGUUUAGACCAUGAACUAAUGUUGCGAUGUACCAAAGGACAAGAGUAUGUUAAAGUGGUGAUGCAGAAUGGACGAAUGAUGGGAGCGGUGCUGAUUGGAGAAACAGACUUGGAAGAAACUUUUGAGAACUUGAUUUUAAACCAAAUGGACCUUUCAGCCUAUGGUGAAGAUCUCCUGAAUCCAGAUAUUGAUAUAGAAGAUUAUUUUGAUUGAAUGGAAACCUAUUUCUUUUUUUGUAUACAGUUAUAAAUGCUGACUAAUGUCUUAUGAAACGUCUCCUGGGGAUUACUGGAAAACAGGGAUAAAGUGCAAUUCCUUAUUAAGAUCUUUGAGUUGAUGCUGUCAAAUUAGUGAAAGGCAAAUAAGGUUAAUCUGUGUAGAAAUGCAGCAGCAAAAGCAAGUUGAUUAAUAUUAGUGGUGAUUUGAUCUAGAUUAGAUGAGAAUAUGGAAGCAGGGCUAUUGCAUUCCUAAAAAGCAGGCUUUGCUAUGCUGUUAAGAUAGCACUGCGUUCAGUUGAAUGCAGGGUGGUCUUCACUGUUGGAAAGAACAUAAAUAAAGCACUACGUAAUACAUGU